AUGGGCAAUGAGCCCCGUCUCACGGUGCCAGUGCCCACACCGCCGCGAUUGUGGUCUAACUGCAUUCCAAACAAGGAGAAGGGUCUCGCCGAAAGGAACUCCCUCAAUGAGCUUGUCCAGCAGGAAGCAUGGAAGCACACCCUAUGCAUCGAUCCAUUGCUGUGGACUAAGGCCCAAUGCCGACUUCUCAGCUGUCAGUUCAAGCACGACACGGUCGCGCAAAACCGUUUCUUUCCACCCACUUGGUGGGCAGCCCCGGGCUUGAGCAACGAAGAUGCGUGCAAGAUACAUGUAGAUGUACAUGACCGGCUCAAAACCCAAGACAGCAAGCUGAACACGCUCAGGCAAGUCCUUGAUGAGAAUGACUUCAAUAUUUUGGGAGAUGAUCGUGAUAUGCCCGAGACAUUAUUCGUGUCGCCUUUUAGGCGCGAGCUGCCCUUCAUUUAUCACGACAAGUCAUACGCCAAGGUCGCCGCAGACGCCAUCUUCACGCAUACCACUGGCCAGAAGCUCGCCUAUGUCGACCUCGACUACGCACGCUCCAACCGCAGACUAGCUUUGGGGGCUGCACCGCCUUCCUUCCGAGACGGUCAGCACGCCUCUGCUUUUGUCGGGUUGAAGCAGCCGUCUCCUGAGAAGCCGCGCCACGAUGCAGAGGAUCCAUACAUCGUGGCACUCUUGAUUGCAUUGGCUCAAAAGCAGCGGCAAGACGAGGACCGAAGACCUCGACGCCAGCGUGAUGCUGCAACCCAGGGCGAGCCACGGACAUCCAGACUCCGCACUAAGUCCAAGACACCGAAGUCCCAGGUCAAUAACACAGAUAUUUGCUACACGGUUACUGUCGUGGCUGUCCCGGAGAAGGCGAAAUGCCUGUACUGCUAUACUGCCACCUUCCCCCUAAAAUUCCUCCAGAAGCUCUAUGAGCCAUCUAAACAUACGCCCUCUGACUGGGCCACUAUUUCCUACUUCCGGGCGCCCAUGACGGAGAAAAUCCACCUCGUCCAGAUGUUGGUCCCUACCUUGGAGAAGAUAAACUUUGGAAGAGCCAGCAACCCUCCAACUGAGGGAUAG